AUGUGGCGAUUGUUUGGCCGCUCUUCUACUGACCCCGAACCCGAAAAAGUGCCUCCGCCACGGGGCCUUCCAACAUCAUGGUACCGCUCCGAUGCAAUAUGCUGGGUUCUCUUUACGCACUCUAGCCGAUUUGCGAAUGCUGGUGACUUCUCAUCCUUCACCGUUGCUGGCUCCUCCUUCUUCCGCACCAAGGACCGUGAUGGCAACAUCAAUGGCUUUCACAACGUCUGUCGGCACCGCGCGUACCCCAUAGUGCAACCUCGGUCAGGGACCGCCUCGAUCCUCAGCUGCAAGUACCAUGGGUGGUCAUACGGGCUGAAGGGAAAUCUAUCCAAAGCCCCCCGUUUCGAGACAGCGCCGGAGAUCGACAAGAGUCAAAAUGGACUACUCCCCAUCCACGUGCAUAUCGACAAGGCCGGCUUCGUCUGGGUGAACCUACAGGCUGGCGAGAGCCCAGAUGUGCAGUGGCAGGAAGCUUUCCAGAGUAUCGACGAGCAGCCGCGAAUGCAGGACUUCGACUUUGCCGGCAAGUACACGUUUGACCAUUACUGGGAGAUGGAUUUGAAGGCGAACUGGAAGUUGCUGAUCGAGAACUACAACGAGUGCUAUCAUUGCGCAACCUCCCAUUCUCUUAUCAGUGGGGUCUCGGAUUUGCCACGGUAUCGGGUGGAGCCCACCGCGGGCUACAUGGAGCAUCAUAUCUUCACCAAGAACAAUAUCGACGCCCAGUUUCGGCGAGCGAUCCGGAUGACUCCGCUGAGUCUAACUACUAGCAAGAUCGAAAAUGAGGUCUAUCGGCACCGGGACGCGACAGACGAGGAGUUCGCCAAUAUCAACGCGUUUUAUCGUCAGGUUCUGGAAGAUGAUAAGCAGCUCUGUGUUGGACUUCACCCGAGUAAGGAAAAGCAGAGCCUAAGGGAGAUGGUGAUGGAGCACCGUCAGAAGGAAGAGGCUCAAGGAGAGAAGGAGAUCUGGCCUGCGCUUCUCUCGGUAACCGGAGAGAUGAAGACAGAUCAGUUGGCGGAGAGGAACGGUUAUGCUCGCAACUGGAAGCGAGCUGCAUGUCCCGACCCAAGUUAG